AUGUCAACACCAACGAGGACACACAUUUUCGUAACGGGGGCUACUGGUGGUUUACGGUCAAUCGCAGGCUAUAUUGGCGGAUCUGUUGUGUCUGCAUUGCUAUCACACCCCAAAUCUGAUACAUUCCACAUAACUGCGCUCAUCCGCUCUCCUGAAAAGGUUGCGCUGUUCAAUAGCGUCGGUGUUACAGCUGUCGUUGGCAACAAUAGCGAUCUUGAUACGCUGACAUCACUUGCCAGCACAGCGGACGUAGUCUUAGCAUGUGCUAAUGCCGACGACCUUUAUGCAGCCAGAGCAAUCUUCUUAGGACUGAAAAAGAGACACGAAGAGACCAAUACGGUCCCCAUUUUUAUCCACACUUCUGGAACUGGUGUCCUGAUAGACGAUGCUGCCGGGAACUACGCUACAGAUAGCAUUUAUUCCGAUCUAGACAUCGCAACAAUCGAGUCGCUUCCCAAGACUCAACCGCAUCGUGAAGUUGAGCUCGAAGUCAUCGCUGCUGAUAAAGAAGGUUACGUGCGGACAUAUAUCAUUCUGCCUUCGACGAUAUAUGGCAUUGCGAACACACCAUUGGUCUCACUUGGCGUUCAGAAUCCGUACUCAAGGCAAAUUCCUCGUCUCAUCGAAGCCAGCCUGGACAGAAAGCAGGGUGGAGUUGUCGGAGAAGGGCUGAAUCUGUGGCCUAACGUUCACAUCGACGACACAGCGACGCUGUACAUCUCUGUUUUCGAUGCUGCAAUGAAGGGCCCGGGUGGUACAGCUCAUGGUCGCGAGGGUUAUUAUUUUGGCGAAAAUGGAGAACAUCGCGUGGGUGAGAUCUCUGAGAUCUUAGCGAAAUUGUUGUAUGAUAUGAAGCGGGGCAAAAGUCCCGAGCCCACGGUCUUCACGAUCGAAGAGAUGCAGAAGUACUUCGGGGGUCGCUGGAUGGGGUCAAACUCUCGUGCAAUGGCGGAACGGGCUAGGCUGAUUGGAUGGAAUCCAGUCCAUACUGUCGACAGCCUUUGGGCGAGCCUCAAGCCAGAGAUUGAAGCGAUAUUGGAAAGGCGAAACACCUAAGUCGGGGGUUACUUACUCAUCGUUGUGGAGUGCACAGGGCGCUGUGUACUCUAUUAAUCAAGAUGCGACGAUUUUGCACCAUGGCAUCUCGCUGUAGAGCUUGACACCGAUAGCUCCGCAUAAAUGAAAUCAUACAUACUUUGCGAC